AUGGAUCUGCGAGAGAUUUUGGCCAUCUUGGACGUUUUUUUCGCCCCUCAUUCAUCUCCCAUGUACAGUACUAGCUAGCUAGCUGCUAAAGUACGGUUGCCACCAGCUAAUAGAAUACUGUAAUAAUAGACUGGUAUUUGUGCUUUCGUUUUAACGAUGAUGACCCUUGAUGAACACGAUACCGCCGCUGCUACAGCCUGUGUGGCUACUACCAGUUACCCUGAUGCCGUUGUGUCUGCCAUGAUCAAGACGAACGGGUUGUCUCAAAACGAAGCAGAAGAAGAAGAGAUCCUUGUUCAUCUUGACACCACUACCACCACUGACGAAGAUGCCGAGAUGGGCUUGACACUCAAUCAGACUGCCAGUACCUGCACGGACAGCAGCAUGAGCGUGGAACCAAUGAAUCCUUUUGACAGCCCUACGCAAACUGGUUCUCCCGUUCCUGAAGCAAAGAGUACAGCCACAACCAAAAGACCACCACUCUCAUGCCCACUAAACAUGGAGCCUCCAGUGGACAGCAGCAUGAGCGUGGAACCAAUGAAUCCUUUUGACAGCCCUGCGCGAACUGAUUCUCCCGUUCCUGAAGCAAAGAGUACAGCCACCACCAAAAGACCACCACUCUUAUGCCCACUGACCAAGGAGCCUCUUGUGGACAGCAGCAUGAGCGUGGAACCAAUGAAUCCUUUUGACAGCCCUCCGCGAACUCAUUCUCCCGUUCCUGAAGCAAAGAGUACAGCCAACAAGAGACCACCACUCUUGUGCCCGCUGACCAUGGAGCCUCUUGUGGACCCGGUAGUCUGUCCCACGGAUGGAGUCUCCUAUGAGCGAAGUGCCAUUGUCAGUGAAGAAGAUGAGGAUCUCUAUUAUCCCAACAGAGCCUUGAAGGACUGCAUUGAGAUGUUUCAGGAGGAUGAUGCUGAGGAUAACGCUCAAGAUGAUGACGGUGGUACCAGUUCCAACAUGGGUACAGUGACCACUGAGGAUAUCCUGGAUCUGUUUGUUUGUCCCAUUACCCAAGAACUCAUGCGAGAUCCUGUAAUUGACCAGGAAGGAAACACCUACGAACGCAGCGCUGUGGUCAACUGGAUCCAACAGCAUGGAGUCUCUCCAAUCACCCGAAAGCCACUCACAGUGGAACUGCUCUACGACAACACAACCCUCUUUAUGAUUCUCAUUCAAGAAAUACAGCUACUCAAGCAGCAGGAAGAAGAAAACAACGAUGAAGUUCAACAGUGGAAGACAGACGUGUCCGGUACCGAUAACACGGAGACCACUUCUGGCGACAGUGACUUUGCUUGCAGCUCGCAGUUUCUAGAAGAAUUGCAGCCACAGGGGCAACUCCAGGAUUUGGAGGCGUCACAUCAAGAGCCGAAUCUGAUCUUCCCGGAACUGGCCUUGGUCGCAGAAGCGGAGCAACGACGACAGCGGUCAAGGAACUCGUCAUCUCGCGGCAGACAACAACGCAACAGACGACGACCACCACCAGUGGUUCAUUAUGACACUCCCAAUGUCAAUGAUUUGGUUCGACGGGAACAACAAGUUGCACGGGAACGCUUGUACCAACUCGAGCAAGAACACCGACGACUAAACCGUCGCAAGAGCGCCCAGUUAUUUGCAGUUUGCUUGAUUUGUGCCGUACUCGUAAUGUUCGGAUUGUACUUUGUCCUCCCGCUGGCCGCGGCCGCCUUGUUGUUGUUCAUUUUUGGCGUCCUUGCAAUGUCGAUGUGCAUCGGGGGACUGCCUUGCGAUUAUACCAUGGGAUCCAACGGAGGACUGAGCAGUGCCUUGAACCGCAUAUAAGAUGCGUCUUCGGUCAUCUUCCAUUGCUGGCCAGGGGCUACGGUGUAUCAUGAUCCACAGAUUGAUUGACGGACCAAGUUGGGAGUUGAGUCUACCACCUGCACCUGGGGUGCCUCUUUAAAUCGGUACGUCGAGGUUGGUGCCCUCAAAAUGAAGAAGGUAUAUCCGUACCAUAUGCGCACGGCCAAGUCUCAUUGGACAGCUCAAGGAAGGAAGGAGAACGCGGGAACAGUCUGUGGAUCGAACGCGACACGAUGCUGGUCCCAUCGGCGGCACGACUUGUUUGCCCUUGAGCACGUAGCACUGUCUAACGAAUUAGACAAUAGCUCUCUGAUUACGAAUUUUUAUACCAGCCU